GAGAGAUGCUGUGACUUACCCAUCCGGGCGCACACACACACCUCCACACACAAGCCUCGACAUAUCCCGUUGCCACUUGCUCGUGACAGCGUACAGAAGCGCAGAGGAAGGACAGAAGGGGAGAGGCAGCAUGCAGACGAGCUGAGGAAUGUACCGGAUAACGGGCUAUUAGAAGUGGAGGGGGUUUCGGGGGGGGGCAGGCGUGUGGACAACAGUCACCUGGCCCCGGAGGAGGGUGGUGGCGCUGGUGGGGGGGUUCUUCUGGGGCCAGCCCUCGGAGAUCCGUUUUUUUUGAAGGGAGGGGGUGAAAGUUUGCCCCAUGGCGCUGGUGAUGGAGCCGGUCAGCAAGUGGACCGCCAGCCAGGUGGUGGACUGGAUGAAAGGUCUGGAUGACUGCCUGCAGCAGUACGUGUGCGUGUUCGAGCGCGGAGGUGUGUGUGGCGAGAGGCUGCUCAGGAUCAGCCACGCCGAGCUGGAGGACCUGGGAGUGUCUCGCAUCGGACACCAGGAGCUCAUUCUGGAGGCCGUCGACCUGCUGUGUGCGCUGAACUCGGGCCUAGAGACGGAGAGCGUCAGGACUCUGGCUCACAAGCUCGGCGCCUCAGCCAAAAAUCUUCAGAACUUUAUCUCCGGACGCCGGCGCAGCAGCCAGUCCGAAAGCAGAACGUCGCGGCGGCUCCCCAAUGACCUGCUGACCUCGGUGGUGGACCUCAUCACUGCCGCCAAGAGCCUGCUAGCUUGGCUGGACAGGUCUCCUUUUGCUACUGUGGCAGACUACUCGGUAACCCGAAAUAACGUCAUCCAGCUCUGCCUGGAGCUCACCACCAUCGUGCAGCAGGACUGUACGGUGUUUGAGACGGAAAAUAAAAUCCUCCAUGUGUGUAAGACUCUGUCCGAGGUGUGCGAGCAUAUCGUGUGCGUGUCGUCUGACCCGCUGGUGUCCCAGUCGGCCCACCUGGAGCUCGUGCACCUCAACAAUGUCAAAGCCGCCGAAGGCCUGGGAAUGUACAUCAAGUCGACCUAUGACGGCCUCCAUGUGAUCACAGGAACCACUGAGGGGUCUCCGGCCGACCGCUGUAAGAAGAUCCACGCCGGGGAUGAAGUCAUUCAAGUCAAUCAUCAGACUGUGGUGGGCUGGCAGCUGCGCAACCUGGUGGGCUCGCUGCGGGCCGACAAGGGCGUCGUGUCCCUGACCUUGAAAAAGCGCCCGCAGAGUACGCUCAGCUCGGCUCCGGCCCUGCUCAAGAACAUGCGCUGGAAGCCCCUGGCUCUGCAGCCAACCAGAAGCCCGGGCAGCAGCUCAACCACGCCCUCAAACACCCCCACCAAGAGCUCCGCCCUCCAGGAUCUUUACAUCCCACCUCCACCCAUAGAGCCCUACGCCCCCAGAGACGAGACGGGCACCUUGUCUGGUGACGAAGUGUCCCGCGGCCACAGCGGGGGCGUCGCCAAACGGUCCGAUUCGCCCAACUCCUUCCUGGAUCAAGAGUCUCAGCGGCGAGAAGACGAGGAGCCGGUUUACUGCACCACGCCUACAUAUGGCAGGCUCCGGCCUAUCUCCAUGCCUGUGGAGUGCAACUGGGGGGGCGACUACGAAGACCCCGCCAAGCUUAACAGAGAAACCCGCAGAGAAGCGACGCUGAUGCGCUACGUGGGCCUGCCGGGGGCCGACGAGCGACUUGGCUCCGACGACUACGCCUCCCACACGGCCCGCCCGGGCAAGCGGUCCAACGACACUGCCAAGCGCGCCAAAAGGCGUAGCCACCACAGCCAAAGCCCCUCCCACUACAUACUCCAGGCAAACCAGAGAGAGUCGCCACCAAGAGACCCCGCAUCCAUUUAUCACACGUACCAACAGGCCUCGUCGCUACAGACAAAGACUCGCAAGAAGAAUAAAGGACGAAGUUUGGCCGCCCUGAGUCGCAGGCGUGUUUCCUGCAAGGCGCUGGGCCGAGGUGACUGCGAGGGCUGGCUGUGGCGGAAGAGAGACGCCAAGGGUUACUUUUCUCAUAAAUGGAAGAAGUACUGGUUUGUUCUGAAGGACAACUGCCUCUACUGGUACAUCAACGAGGAGGAUGAGAAAGCAGAGGGCUUUGUCAGUCUUCCAGAGUUUAAAAUCGAUCGCGCCAGUGAAUGCCGCAAGAAGUAUGCUUUCAAAGCGUGUCACCCCAAAGUCAAGAGCUUCUUCUUUGCAGCAGAUGGAGUGGACGACAUGAACAGGUGGCUGAGUCGACUCAAUAUGGCCGCCGUGGGCUACGCAGAGCGAGAGAGGAUACGCCAGGAGCAAGAUUACUGGAGCGAGAGUGAGCAUGAGGAUGACGCCACCUCCAGCCCCAAACAGGACAGCCCGCCACCUCCAUAUGAUACCUACCCACGGCCCCCAUCAAUGAGCACUUACUUAGAAGGCCGUACUACUCGACUGUCUUCCACCGAGACGUCCCGUUCCCGCUCGUCCCAGGAGGAUUUUCUCUGCGCAGAGUCCUCUGCGGCGGCGGCCGCCGAACCACAGUACCACCCCGGCCCUAUGGUGGGCGGCACCACCCACAGCAGCAGGAGGCCGGGCGGCAGCAGCAGCAGCGACGUGCCGUACCGAUGUGACCCCGUGGAGUACCGUUCCAGUCCAGCAGGGGGCAGCAGCGACACCGGGUCCCCUGGUCGAUCGUCCUCGUCGCAGAGACGAUCCUGGCAGGACUUGAUCGAAACGCCGUUGACGGAAGCUGGACUCCACUACCUGCAAACAGGACCGCUCGAAGACGCAGUCUUUGUGGAGCCUACUCUGGCUGGGUCAACGUCCAUGAUGGCCGGGGCCGUGUACACGCUGCCCGCUCCGAGGAACGUACCGUUGCCUAUAGCGAUGCAGAGGCUCAUUCCCAUGGCAACCCAUGAAGGGAAACCCCGCAGCUUCACCCUGCCACGCGACAGCAACCUACACACACUGUUGGUGCCGCCCGCCAAAGACGAGCAGCAAACGCACAGCAGUGAGUGCAUCACUCACACACACGAGUUGCAACGUGGCAGCGAGGGUGCGUCCCUCGGCGACCUGUUCCGUGCGUGCGAGCAAGGCGGCGUGUGUCCGCUCGGCCGGGAAUCCGAGGUCAGAGGUCAGUCGGAGUUCAGGCAGUCCUUCCUGCGGCGGACCGCCGACCCGCAGCUUAACGAGCGUCUGCACCGCCUCCGCAUCCUGAGCUCCACGCUGAAGGAUGUCCCGCCCCUGGACGCAGAGCUCCCAUCGGGAUGUUCAGAUUAGCCUGAAGGACAGCAAGACAUCCCAUUGAGAAACUUGAGGUGUGUGUGUGUGUGUGUGUGUGUGUGUGUGUGUGUGUGUGUGUGUGUGUGUGUGUGUGUGUGUGUGUGUGUGUGUGUGUGUGUGUGUGUGUGUGAGAGAGUCCCCACAAGCCCCCCUUAUGUCUUGACUAAACGAGUCAUAGCCUCCUCCGGUCUUCCCCCUAAAAGGAGCUUAAUCUUGUCCCGACUUUGGACACAACUCAGUGUACAGUGUAAACGUGUGUGUGCUGGACUAAAGAGGUUUUUUGUUCGAGAGUCCAUCCGCCGCAUGUUUGCCGCUAACAAUCACCGCCUAAACAUUCCGCUGGGUGCAACCAAAGAUUGAAAGGAACCAUGCAUCUUAUGUUGAGACAAUUACAUGAUGGUUAAGUGAGUGUCCAUGUUGUUGGAAAAGCUUCAGUUUUGGAAGCAAUGUCCGUGUUUUGAUCUAUUCUACCGGUAAUCUUAACGUGCUAUUGUGUUUGUUUAGCUAAGCUUGGGGUGUCCAAACCUUUUUGCGUACUGAAAUUCAAAGAAUUGAUUUAUUAAAUGUGGUAGGAAAAGACAGAAUUUAGUCAGAUUUGUGUUAUAGGUCAGUGGUCCCCAACCUUUUUGUAACUGCGGACCGGUCAACGCUUAAAGAUUGUCCCACGGACAAAGGUUUUUUUGUUUUUUGUCAUAAAAAAAUACAAUCAUGUGUGCUUAUCCAUGCAGACUGUAUUGAUAUAUAUUGAUAUAUAAUGUAGGAACCAGAAAUAUUAAUAACAGAAAGAAACAACCCUUUUGUGUGAAUGAGUGUAAAUGGGGGUGGGAGGUUUUUUGGGUUGGUGCACUAAUUGUAAGUGUAUUGUGUGUUUUUUAUGUUCCAUCCAUCUAUUUUCUACCACUUAUUCCCUUCGGGGUCGCGGGGGGUGUUGAUUUAAUAAAAAAUAAAAAAUAUUAUUUUAUUUUAUUAUUAUUAUUAUUAUUUUUUUUUAUUAUUAUUAUUUUUAAUUUCGCGGCCCGGUGGUUGGGGACCACUGUUAUAGGUGACAGAGUGUAUUACUAUUAUGAUCAGUGUUAUCAUUAUAUCAAAAUGUUAAAUUUUUUCUUGUUGCAUUGCACCUUUUUGCUUUUUUGGUUCAAUUCUAUGUACACUACAUUGCCAAAAGUAUUUGACCACAUAUGAACUUGAAGUGCCAUCCCAUUCCUAACCCAUAGGGUUCAAUAUGAUGUCGGUCCACCUUUUGCCACCAUUACAGCUUCAACUCUUCUGGGAAGGCUGUCCACAAGGUUGCGGAGUGUGUUUAUAAGAAUUUUUGUCCAUUCUUCCAAAAGCGCAUUGGUGAGGUCACACACUGAUGUUGGUCGAGAAGGCCUGGCUCUCAGUCUCCGUUCUAAUUCAUCCCAAAGGUGUUCUAUCGGGUUCAGGUCAGGACUCUGUGCAGGCCAGUCAAGUUCAUCCACACCAGACUCUGUCAUCCAUGUCUUUAUGGACCUUGCUUUGUGCACUGGUGCACAGUCAUGUUGGAAGAGGAAGGGGCCCGCUCCAAACUGUUCCCACAAGGUUGGGAGCAUGGAAUUGUCCAAAAUGUUUUGGUAUCCUGGAGCAUUCAAAGUUCCAUUCACUGGAACUAAGGAGCCAAGCUCAACUCCUGAAAAACAACCCCACACCAUAAUUCCUUCUCCACCAAAUUUCACAUUCGGCACAAUGCAGUCCGAAAUGUACCAUUCUCCUGGCAACCUUCAAACCCAGAAUAUUUAGGUGCGAGGAAAUUUCACGACUGGAUUUGUUGCACAGGUGGCAUCCUAUGACAGUUCCACGCUGGAAAUCACUGAGCUCCUGAGAGCGGCCCAUUAUUUCACAAAUGUUUGUAGAAACAGUCUCUAUGCCUAAGUGCUUGAUUUUAUACAACUGAUUCUGAUCAUUUGGAUGGGUGGCCCAAUACUUUUGGCAAUAUAGUGUAUUUAGUAUACUGAGGGCCAAUGAAAAACUAGCUCCAAGUACUCUUUGGACACCCCUGAGCUAAGCCUUGAAGUAUUUCUGGGCCCUGCCACUGAAUCGGUGCCAUUUGCAAACAUACAUUUCUGUCUUUUUGCAACUCUAAAUCUCACCAGUUACAAUUUAAAAUUAAAAAAAAUGUGCAUUGGCCAUCUCAAGCCACUUUAUUUCAUUUUUGGUUUCUAAGUCUUUUGAGUAACAGGACUGAAAGUAACAACAGUUAGUUUCUAGCAUAUAAAGUAAUUGGCAUAUAAAUGAAAUAUAUAGCCACAUGAUUUAUGUUGAUAACAUGUUGGCACUAAGCACAUUACAGUGAUUCAACAACAAAAACCUAAUAACAUCAAAAAUAAUUUAGGUCACAGGACUGUGCUGAGAUUUUACACCCACCAUUAAUCCAUUAAUAAACAGUAGGAAGGGGAUUCAUAUGGCCCCAUUCGUCACGGUUUACCUCACACAUGAAACGUGACAAAUUUGGAGUGUGCACUAUCCACUUUAGCCGCCAGAUGGCAGUUAAAUGUUGAAUAUUUUCAAAUGUGCUCUGUGGCAAUUCCAACUUUGACCACAGCGUCAGUUGCUAUGCAGAGUGGCGCUUUCCAUCAUUUUCAGCAGACUGCAUUUAAAUGAUUAUAUUUCAUAGUAAAGUCUCACUUUAGGAAGUGAGGACAGGCAAUUUUAUUAGUUUAAAUGUAUAUUUCAAAUAGCAUGUAUUAAAUAAUCAAUGUGCAGGACACUUUGCUUAGUAAAAAAAAAUGUUUAAACUUAACUUUGUUGACCAUUUAUACAUUUUAUUUACACAUUUUAUAGUUAUUUCUUGGGUGUGCAAAUGGCACCGAUUCCGUGGAAUGCUCCUUUGUGUUUAUACUUAAAGCUGUUUAUUAUGGAAAUUAUGUAUUUAAAGAUGUUACAAUAUAUACUAGUUGGCAUGUCUUUUCUAAAUAUUAUGACAUUAUUGUGACGCUGUUCUUGUGUUGGAGAGACAAAAAUGCCCUACUCAUGGUUAGACGAGCAAACGAGCACAACGGGGAGCGAGAGAGACGAGAAGCCAUGGCAACACAUCCAAACUUAAGUAUAAACAUACAGUAUACUUGAUCACUCUGCCUCGCUACAACGCUGCACUAUAACUCUUUGCUGUACAUGCACAGUGUCAAAAAAUAAGUGUACUUGCCUUCACCAAUAAAUACUUAAACAUACACAAGUGGACUCUUUGUUUUGAAUGCAAACAACCAACCAUUUUUAGUGUCUGCAUGUUAGCUUAGCAGUGACAAAUAUUUUUUUUAAAGCGGCACUUUCUGAGGUUAUUUCAGUUCAGUCCAGUUUCAGUUUAUUUCGAACUUGCAUACGAUACAAUGUAAUGCAUCACACAAUUCCAGUUGUUUCAUUACAGCACGUCCGAAAAGGAGUAGGAGGAAGCAGAGCUUAUUUAAUCCUACCCCUUUUCAUCCAUCCAUCCAUCCAUUUUCUACCGCUUAUUCCCUUUGGGGUCGCGGGGGGCGCUGGAGCCUAUCUCAGCUACAAUCGGGCGGAAGGCGGUGUACACCCUGGACAAGUCGCCACCUCAUCGCAGGGCCAACACAGAUAGACAGACAACAUUCACACUCACAUUCACACACUAGGGCCAAUUUAGUGUUGCCAAUCAACUUAUCCCCAGGUGCAUGUCUUUGGAGGUGGGAGGAAGCCGGAGUACCCGGAGGGAACCCACGCAGUCACGGGGAGAACAUGCAAACUCCACACAGAAAGAUCCCGAGCCCGGGAUUGAACCCAAGACUACUCCGGACCUUCGUAUUAUGAGGCAGAUGCACUAACCCCUCUGCCACUGUGAAGCCCACCCCUUUUCAUACCAUAGUAAUUGUAUUCAAUUUCCUUUUUCUCUGUAACAGAACAGUGAAUACAUAAAUAAUAAAUAAAUAAUAUACCAUAGUAAGCAAACAAAUAUUAAAUACAUAAAUUAAAGCUGCAAGCAGCGAUGGACGGGACCGACUUUGAGGGCUCAUAAAAUCCAAACCGGAGCAGUAAUUAAAACUCUUUCAUCAACUUUUAAUCAGAAGGGUUCAAUCUCUCUCCUGUGCUAAUUUGAAGCCGACACGACAAACGCGCUCAAAGGAGAUAAUGUUUGAAUAAAGGUGACUGUUUUUACACAACUUGUGUUUUGAAGGGGGAAUUGCACACUUCCUGUUGAUUUUUGCUGGGGGUUGUCAGUGUAUGAAAUAUAGGUCUAAGUGAGACCUACAUAGAGGUUUUUGUUUCAUGUCUCUACGACAUACUUGCCAACCUUGAGACCUCCGAUUUCGGGAGG